AUGAACUUUAUUAUUCUAGUAACUGCCGUUUCUUUGAUUAAUUUGGUUAUUUGCGAAACCUCAACCGAAUCCACAGUUACGAAGAUCAAUCAGAUUAGCACCUCGGAAAUUAACUCUGCUUCGAAUAACGCCGACAAUGGGAAUUCCAUCCUAUUGAAAUCAAUUGAACAAAUUCUCAAGCGGGAAAUGAUUUCUCAAACUUCCAACAUGAAAACUAUUAAAACUGCGAAGGCCCAAACUCAUCCUUCCGAUCCUAAAGUUCAAGAAGGCAUCGUCAGUGUCAUCAUAGAAAUGCAAAAAAAGGAGGCCGAAACACUAAAGAAAGACAUUGAUUACUUGGAUAAACAGAGGGAAGAAAAACAAAAUAAACUUGUUAAAUUGUAUAAAGAGAUGAAUAUGAUGAAACCCGGUGAACCAAUAACUGCUGCACCACCAAAGCCACAAGACCAUUAUGUCGUUCCAGGGGCAGGUCAGAGCGAAAUUGUGAUCGAGUUAGUUCCAUUGCCGGCUACAUCAGAAAACUUUACUUUGAUGUCCUCCUUGUUGAUAAGACGAGCAGUACUUUGUCCAAAUCCUCCAAACAUUCCUCCAAGACCGCCUCCGCCAGCUCUUCCAGCUCCACCAGCAGCUCCUCCUCCUUUCAACAUUCGAUAG